GUGUAUCCAUAGGUAUUUAUAUUGGCCUACUAUGCAAGGAGUCACAGCAGUUACUUGGCAAAAACAACGAAAGAAUUUCCACGUCCUUUUACACCGACUGGUCUCACAAAGCUUUGUAAUUACUUUCUAAACAAUAAUAUAUUAAUUCUAAAAUUCUCGCUAGAUGCCGACCAUUAAACUGCAGAGCUCUGAUGGAGAGAUAUUUGAAGUGGAUGUUGAAAUCGCAAAGCAAUCGGUGACCAUUAAGACCAUGUUGGAAGAUUUGGGGAUGGAUGAUGAAGGGGAUGAUGACCCUGUUCCUCUUCCAAAUGUCAAUGCAGCCAUAUUAAAAAAGGUGAUACAGUGGUGCACUCACCACAAAGACGAUCCCCCGCCCCCGGAGGAUGAUGAGAACAAAGAGAAGAGGACAGACGACAUUCCAGUGUGGGACCAGGAGUUUCUCAAAGUGGACCAGGGGACCCUGUUCGAGCUGAUUCUGGCUGCAAACUACUUGGACAUUAAGGGAUUGUUGGAUGUGACAUGCAAGACGGUGGCGAAUAUGAUUAAAGGAAAAACCCCAGAGGAAAUAAGGAAGACAUUCAACAUCAAAAAUGACUUCACAGAGGAAGAGGAAGCCCAGGUGCGUAAGGAGAACCAGUGGUGUGAGGAGAAAUGAGUUCCGCAAAGCCGCACUGACACACUGCAGCACUCGCACGCUGUGGCACUGACACCCUGCAGCACUGACUCACUUCAGCACUGACACUGUAAGCCUUGUUCCAAAUGUUGAGUGCACUACACUCUCCCUACUGGUUAAUAUUACUUGGAGAACUCGAAUGGCACUGCUUUGCACUCCCAGCAUGGCCAUUGUCAUUGCUUGUUUGCUGCAAGUAAUUGUCAUAUAGUUUAUCUAGUUUAGAGGUUUCAGUUUUCUCCAGUUUAAAAAUAAAAAUGUGUACUUUUGCUCUGAGCCAUGAGGACCCUUCUGUUCUAAGCUGCUUUUUUUGUACCAUUGUACCAGAGGCUCUUUUGACUUAGUAUUUUAUUGAAAUACGUUCAGCUUUUUUUAUUUUAUUUGACUUUGCAGAUUAAAUCUACGUUUUAUAAGUACAUCUGAAAAUUGAUGCAACCUUUUUGCAAUGAAGGAAUUUGUGCAAAUGUUGAUGAUUAAGAAAAUGUAACAUGAAGAACUGGCAUAAAUGUGUUUUGUGUCAUAUGGAUUUGUAUGGACUUUACCUUUUAGAAGAUAAUAUAUGGUCUCAAAGCUGGAGUUUAAUGUUCAGCGGCAGAAAACUUUCAGUUGUGUUGAGCUGUGAAAGUGAACUAUUAAAUGACUAAAAUAAACGUGGAGUGAUUGCAGAAA